AUGCCUUCCGCAGCUUUCCGGUUAAGGACUCUUCGAGCCUUUGCUCGCAGUCCCGUCAACCCCAAUGCCGCUCUUGCGCGAUCCUUCUCAGCGACUGCCCGUCGCGCCGAGAUUAACAAGGUCUUCCCUUCGGCCAAAGAGGCUCUCAAGGACAUGAAGCCCAACUCGACUCUCCUCUGCGGUGGCUUCGGUCUCUGUGGUGUCCCCGACUCCCUGAUCAACGAGGUCCUCGAGAAGCCCAACAUCACCGGUCUCACGGCUGUCUCGAACAACGCCGGUACGGAUGACUUCGGUCUCGGCAGACUUCUCAAGACCAAGCAGAUCAGCAAGAUGAUUGCUAGUUACAUUGGCGAGAACAAGACCUUUGAGAAGAUGUACCUCACUGGUGAGGUCGAGCUCGAGCUGACCCCUCAGGGAACUCUAGCUGAGCGAUGCGCCGCUGGUGGAAAGGGUGUGCCCGCUUUCUACACCCCCGCUGCCUUUGGUACUGUUGUCCAGACCGGCGAGCUCCCUCUCCGCAACAAGGCCGACGGUUCUCCUGAUGUCUACUCUCAACCCAAGGACGUCAAGGUCUUCAAGGGCAAGUCUUACCUUCUUGAGGAGAGCAUUGACGGUGACUACGCCUUCGUCAAGGCCUACAAGGCCGACAAGCUUGGCAACUGCCAAUUCCGUCUUGCUGCACACAACUUCAACGGUGCCAUGGGCCGCAACGCAAAGAUGACCAUUGUCGAGGCCGAGCACAUCGUCGAGCCCGGUGAGAUCCCCCCUGAGGCUGUCCAUCUGCCCGGCAUCUACGUCAAGCGUGUCAUUCAGAGCACCGAGGAGAAGUCUAUCGAGAAGUACACCUUUGCCAAGGACCCCAGCGAUCCCGAGGCCACAAAGGCUCUGGGCUCUGGCGACACAGCUGCCAAGCGUGAGCGCAUUGUCCGCCGCGCUGCGAAGGAGUUCAAGAACGGCAUGUACGCCAACCUGGGUAUUGGUAUGCCCAUGCUCGCACCUGGCUUCGUCGGCCCCGAGGUUGAGGUCCAGCUCCAGUCUGAGAACGGUAUUCUUGGCCUUGGACCCUACCCCCAAAAGGGUCAGGAGGACGCUGAUCUGAUCAACGCUGGUAAGGAGACUGUCACUCUCAAGCCUGGUGCCGCCGUCUUCGGCAGCGAGGAGAGCUUUGGCAUGAUCCGCAGCGGUCGCAUCAACCUUACCAUCCUGGGAGCCAUGCAGGUCAGCGCCAAUGGUGACUUGGCCAACUGGAUGCUUCCCGGAAAGGUCAAGGGCUUCGGUGGUGCUAUGGAUCUUGUCAGCAACCCCAGCGAGACCAAGGUCGUUGUGACAAUGGAGCACACAGACAAGAAGGGCAACCCCAAGAUUGUCAAGAAGUGCGCAUUCCCUCUGACUGGACCUGCUUGCGUGUCAAGAAUCAUUACUGAGCUGGCUGUCUUCGACGUUGACUUUGCCAAGGGUCUUACCCUUAUCGAGAUCGCCGACGGCGUCACUGUUGACGAAGUUAAGAGCAAGACCGAAGCUCCCUUCCACGUUUCCGAGGACCUCAAGCCCAUGCUAUAA